CAGUAGGAGGCGGCAGGUUUGAAAAGUGGCAACGGUCGAUGUGUGCUGGUUUUUGAGUUCGUCUGUAGCUGCUCCACGGACUCGCUGCUUUCCCCGGGGCGGCUGGUGAGUCCCCAAACGCAUCUGAGCUCAGUUCCCACGGAACGGAUGGGUGUUUUCUGGUACAGCGUGGACUACGGGAGAAGAAACUUGAGGUGCAGCUGGUCAGUUCAAGCGUGAUGUUUAGCAGCAUGCUGGGCCUGCUCCCCGCUGGAUUCCAGUAGCAUCCUCACUCCAGUCCUGACAACCAGAAGUGUCUCCAAAAUUGUGAGAACUACUGCUCUAGAAGAACACAGACUAACAGGAGACUCCCAAGAUGGAAACUUUGUCUUUCCCCAGAUAUAAUGUAGCUGAAAUUGUGGUUCAUAUUCGAAACAAAAUCUUAACAGGAGCUGAUGGUAAAAACCUGUCCAAGAAUGAUCUUUCUCCAAAUCCCAAGCCUGAAGUCUUGCAUAUGAUCUACAUGAGAGCUUUACAGAUAGUAUAUGGAAUUCGACUGGAGCAUUUUUACAUGAUGCCCGUGAACUCUGAAGUCAUGUAUCCACAUAUAAUGGAGGGCUUCUUACCAGUCAGCAAUUUGUUUAUUCAUUUGGACUCAUUUCUGCCCAUCUGUCGGGUGAAUGACUUUGAGAUUGCUGAUAUUCUAUAUCCAAAGGCAAAACGGACAAGUCGGUUUUUAAGUGGCAUUAUCAACUUUAUUCACUUCAGAGAAGCAUGCCGUGAGACAUAUAUGGAGUUCCUUUGGCAAUAUAAAUCUUCUGUGGACAAAAUGCAGCAGUUAAAUACUGCACACCAGGAGGCACUAAUGAAACUGGAGAGACUUGAUUCUGUUCCAGUUGAAGAGCAAGCAGAGUUCAAGCAGCUUUCAGAUGAUAUUCAGGAACUGCAGCAAUCGCUGAAUCACGAAUUUCGUCAGAAAACGAUAGUACUGCAAGAGGGAAAUUCACAAAAGAAGUCAGAUAUUUCAGAAAAAACCAGGCGUUUGAAUGAACUAAAAUUGUCAGUGGUGUCUUUGAAAGAAGUACAAGAGAAUUUGAAAACAAAAAUUGUAGAUUCUCCAGAGAAGCUCAAAAAUUAUAAAGAAAAAAUGAAAGAUACAGUCCAGAAGCUUAAAAAUUCCAGACAAGAAGUGAUGGAAAAGUAUGAAAUCUAUCGAGACUCUGUUGACUGCCUGCCUUCAUGUCAGCUGGAGGUGCAGCUAUAUCAAAAGAAAAUACAGGACCUUGCAGAUAACAGGGAAAAAUUAACCACUAUCUUAAAGGAGAGCCUGAACUUGGAGGACCAAAUUGAGAGUGAUGAGUCAGAAUUGAAGAAAUUGAAGACUGAAGAAAAUUCCUUUAAAAGACUGUUGAUUGUGAAGAAGGAAAAACUUGCCACAGCACAGUUCAGAAUAAAUAAGAAGCAUGAGGAUGUCAAGGAGUACAAACGCACAGUGAUUGCAGAUUGCAAUAAAGUUCAAGAGAAAAGAGGUGCCGUCUAUGAGCGAGUAACCACAAUUAAUCAAGAAAUCCAAAAAAUUAAAUUUGGAAUUCAGCAGCUAAAAGAUGCUGCUGAAAGGGAGAAACUGAAGUCUCAAGAGAUAUUUCUCAGCUUGAAAGCUGCUUUGGAGAAAUACCAUGAAGGCAUUGAAAAGGCAACAGAGGACUGUCAUGCUAAAAUAGAUGAGAAAACAGCUGAAUUGAAGAAGAAGAUGUUCAGAGUGUCAACCUGAUUAACAAAAUUAUGUCUUUUUGUUGCCAAUUUUUAAUUUUAUAUUCAGAAAGAGAAAUAGUUAAGCUGAAGUUAAUGGAAGUAUCAAAAGUACGAAAUAACAUUGGCUCAGUUAUUUUUUAUGUGCGCUCGUAGGCUAUUAUUUUGUAAGGUCAUGCAUUUAAUGUAGACUCCUAUGAACUUAAAGUUAAAAUACCUUGUGCCGUUAUUCAUGUCUCUGCUCUUUGUUGUAAGUAGUGGUUGGAGUAAAACAGAAAUAAUUGCAUUUGAAAUAUAUAAUUUUUUUCUGUUAC